AUGGCGUGGUUUGGCAAAACUCAAGCAACAUGUGGGCGUCCCAUCCCAAAACCAGAAAAGCAAGGAAAGCAUGAAGAAAUUUAUGAGGAAGCGAUCCCUAUUCAGGAUCAGAUUGAAAAUUUGAGGGCCAAAAUCUCAUUGAAGGAACGGUACAACAAAGCGUUACGUGAUGACCUCAAUGAGUCGAACCAAGGAGCGUCCUCCUACGUCCAAGAACUGUCCCAUGAGACGAAAGAACUUCGGCAAAAGCUCAUGGACGCGAUUCAUUCGGAACAAAAUGCGGUGCAGAAUGCGUUGAGAACCCAUCGAGAAUUUCAACUCGCUAUGACGAACAAGACGCCAUCGAUCGCCAUUCCGUGGUUGGACGACAAACUGUUCGACAUGGCGAAACUGCUGAACGGGAUGCUCGACCGGUUGAAGGACAAGAGGAAACGAUUGGAGGAAUCAGAACAAAUGGUGACGGUGAUUCAAAAGUGGCCUCGACCUGGCACCCUCCCCUGGGAAUUGGAGGCUGUCGGCAGUUUCAACAGGUUGGAGUGUCACAUCGAGGCACAGAAAGGUUAAAUUUAAAUCAGAUUUUUUACAACUAGUAACUAAAUAAUUAGAAAAUUUUAAUGCAUAAGGUGAAAGUUAGUGAUAAGUAGGACCUAAAAAAUAGCAAAUUUAGACCCUAGCUUUAACAAUAGUGUGUAAUUUUUUUAGCGGGAAACUCGCCCCCGUUUGGCUCCACACUUUUCUGACAUGGGGAGCCGGAGAGUUGGAUUGAAUGGGUAUCGCUUCUCGGCCUUUUGGCUAAGAUCAAAGUGUAGUAUCUGUUCUUAUCAGCUUAAUAUCUGAUACGAAAGUCAUUGACUUUCCAGUAUAUUAAACUGAUUUUUGGAACUGGGAUGGGGUCGUGAAGCUUGCUUCCGCCCGUCCACGGGUCGGCCUGGCAUUGCAGUACAGUCAGGAUCGGCCCACC